AUGAUGUCGGCGCAGGACACGACACCCUUGCACUUCUUCUCCAGCUUGGCCUUAGCCUCGUCGAUGAUAUCGAACCCUUCCAGGCUUGGGUUGUUGAUGGGUGAGUCCUUCUCGGCGACGUUGUUCGAGGUGGAGUUAAUAAGAAUUGAUCCGUCGCAACCCUAA